AUGCAUUAUAUACUUAUCCUUCUUUUUUUACUGUUCUCGCCAUGAAGUUUCGAACAACAGUGAAUAAUCCUGUUGGACUGUUUAAAAUUGCACAGACUUUGGAGAAGCUGGGACCGUCAUGUAUCGUUUCCUUUUCCAUGGAUACUGUUCGCUUUAUCAAGUAUCGCGAAUUUGACGGCGGCAUUCAAGCCUGGAUUAAAGUGAACCCGCCUUCUUUAUUCUCUUCAUACCGCAUUGAAAGUUCGUAUAACAACGAGAUCAAUAUGGUGAUCCAAGUGGACGCGCUUUUACGUGCAUCGAAAGCGCCGCAGCAAGCCACAGACAUUCGCUUACAAUUGCGCAGAAAGGGAAAUCAACCCAUUUUAGACUGGCAAAUGACAUCCGAGAAUAGAGCCGGAUCCACCGGAUCCAUGGGUCAGGAGAUUAGUGUCAAAAUCCUUCCUCCGCAACAGAUGAACGCCAUUCGAGAGCCUACCGUACUAGCCACCCCUCACGCUUAUAUUUUGAUGCCUAGUUUACAUGCAUUGAAACCGGUGGCGGAUCGAUUAAAGUCGUUGGGUAAAUUCGUGACCAUCUCAGCCAACAUGAGUGGCGUGUUUAAACUGAGUAUGGAUACGGAUUUGGCGCGAUGCGAGUCAGUAUAUAAGCAACUGGAAAACCCUCGUUUAGAGGGUCAUGAAUCCACCUGGGAACCGGAUCGGUUCGCCAGCGUCCGUAUUGCAACCGAGGAUUUUGUUCAUUUUCUCACUUCUUAUCACCUCGAGCCUGAAAAUGUCAUUUGUGCUAUCACGGACGAACUGCAAGUCGCGUUUUAUGUGUAUGUGAAUUUGGACGCGUACCAGACUCAGGAUAUACAAAUUCGGCCUAUUCAAGGAGCACAGACCAUCAUCACCUACCAUCUGCCGGUAUAUUACGAAUAACUCUUUCCCUGUGGCUGUCACGCUGGCGAUGUCACUAUUUUAUUUCUUUGCAUUCUUCUCUCAUCAUCUCCUUCUUGGUAAUAUCAUACUUCAUACAAUCAUCCUUCUCGUUUAUCGUUUAUAUUUAUACUGCACUUUCUCAUCUAU